AUUCUGUUAGUGAAGUUGUCAAGAGCGGACGUGUUUCUGCAGCGUUUAUACAUUUACAAAAUUUUUUGUAAUAGGAAUAUAUACAGAUUAAACAAAACUGUAAACAAACGCGAAAAACAAACAAUGAACUAAUGUAAAGACACACCGCGAGUACUCAAUAAGCGUGUUCCCACGUGGAACCCCAUUUUUUUCGUUUCCUCAUUUUAUGAUGUGUGCCAGUGUGUAAGCAGCUUUUGCUUUGGGCGGCGAAGAAAAUUACCGUGAAAUUUUAGCAGUACUUAAAUAUACCCAAUAUUUUGAACGUAUAUAUGUGCGUUUUCGUCUUUCGUCUAAUUUAAUGUCGAUGUGCGUUAACAUUUGCAUUCGUUAAUUAUACAUGCGAGAAAUUUACAAUUUACCAAAACCAAAAUACGCGGCUGCAAAAGAAGAAGAAAUCGAAAAGGAAAAUAGGAAAAGAAAAGAGAACAACCGCAUCGCAAUCAUUAUUUUUUGCCAAUUGACCAAUUGCAUUUCGGCAACUUGCAAAUUUAUUAUAAACAAAAGAGCUGCGAAGAAAUCAUCAAUCAGUAAGAUUAUUCUGUUAUCAAUUUGAGUUUGCGUGUUACGACAAGUUCAAGCUCAGCUAUUAUUGUAUUCAGUCAAGUUGAGAGGAGGAAAGAGACGCGCGUCGCUUUGUUUUGUGCCCUCGUCGUGGGGCAACAACAACAGCAACAACAAAAUCAGCAGCAGCAACAACAAUAGCAAAAGCAACAGCAACAACGACGAAAAAAAUAUAAAAAAGAGUACACAUCAGAUACAACAACAACAACAACAUCAUCAACUUAAACGCAAGCGGGAGUGCGGAACAAAAAAAGCGCAGGCAGCGAGCGAUAGGACGACAACAACAUGGAGCGACGUGGACGCAUUCCGGUGGCCAAGUUUCGGACGCAAGAGGCCAAAACACGCAGUCGGAGUCGAGUGAGUGAGCCGGACUACAAUGAACAGGAUCCGGAACAUGAUAUGUUUACGCUGCUAGAGGACAAUAUUGCUCUUAAAGAGGAGAACAAAGCGCUCAAGCUGGAGAUUGAAUCGCAUAAGACGACGCAGGAGGAGCAACAGGCGCAGCACGAGAAGCUGUGCGCUCAGCAGGAAUUACUGCAACAGCAGCAGAGCAAAUUUGAGUCAGACAUCAAGGAUCUCACUGUCAAGUUCAAUAAAACACUUAACGAACGCAAUGCGCUCGACAAGCUUCACAAAAUGAAGGUCGAUCAAAUACACAAUCUCACCAGCGAACUGGAACACAUGCGCGAAAAGCAGCUGGAGAACUCAAGUGGUGGCAGCGCUGUCGCAACCACACUAAUUGACUCCGUUGAGCUGAAACGCAAUCUGCUCAAGAUCUUACAACAUGACAGCACAGACAGCGGCGAUAUCGCCACUGGCGGCAACGAUCUUGACAGCCUCAUUGAUGUCGGCGGCAAUCUGGAUGUGCCCAUUACCAACGCCCUAGUGGAACGUCUGGUCACUGAGUUUCUAGCGCUGAAGCAUGCCACCAAUGCCGUCGAACUACAGCUGUAUGAAGCCAACGAGAAAAUAGCCGAACUAGUGGAGCAUCAACAUCUGCUUGAGGAGGAGAACGAAACACUGCGCACCGAGAAUGGCAACUUGACCAAAGUGGCCAAACUGUUGACCGACAACAUGAAGGAGAGCGUGGAGACCAGUCAGAAAAUGGAGGCCGCCCUAAUUAGAUUGAAGCAGCGCAAUGAUGAACUCACUGCGAAGACACGCGACCUACCCGAUGGACAGCCCCAAGCAUCGCCUUCGCCCACAGCACUGCAGACGCAGGCCGAGUUCGAGGAGAUCAAGGAGCAGGUGCAGCAUCAGACUCGCGAGCACAACGAGCGCAUUGUGGAAAUGCAAAGUCUAAUGGAUGCGGCUAUUGCAAAAACUACUAACGAUGAACUAAAAAAAUUACAACUUAAGUUGGAAAUACUCGAGGAGCAGCUGCGUCUGGCGCAAACACGCGCCGAUUUCGCCGAGGAGCAGUUGGUGCGCUAUCAGCAAGCGGAAGAGCAUCAGCAUGUAACAGCGACCACAACAGCAGCAUUGCUGCCACCACCCCCGCCACCACCACCGCCACCCAUGCCGGCCAAAAUGCUUUAUACAGCUGCAACGGCUUUGGGUGCAGCUGAUGGUGAGAGCGGUGGAGCUGGCAGCUUUAGUCAGCAUAUAGCUGGGCAUAAUUUGCACAAAGGCGUCGGCGAUAAGAUUAUCGAUAAUGUCAAGCAACAGGUACAGGCGCAGGCGGCAACAGGUCUUGACGCUAUAGUGCGCGAAUUUAAAUCUGGACGCGUAACGUUACGUCGCAACCAUCGCCGCAAGACCGGCACCAGCGAGGCUCUCAAGGAGAUGUUCCAAGUACUCGAGAUAAGUCAGAAGCAGAAUCGCAACUCGAAAAUAUGUGUCGAUCUGAACACAAAUUUAUAAAUGACAAUACUCUCUGCUCUUACUUCGGUCUCAAAAAAGUAAAGCCUUCGCUGCGCUUCGACAAGCAACAUUCCAUGCAUUUUACUAUUUAUAUAUAAAUAUAUAUAUAUAUAUGUAUCACUAAUUAUGCCUUUUCGUGUGUGCCUUUCCUUUUGGAAGAAAAAACAAAACAACUUCAUUUUAUAAGCUGACCAAACUACUACUCUUAUUUUCUUGUAUUCGUAUUACCUAACAUGUAUUUGAUGAUUGUCUUUUUGAAAUGUGUUCAUGUACUAAUUAUUAUUAUUUAUACAUUAUUUACAUUUAAACCCCAAC